CCGGAGAGUCCUCCUGCGGGAUAAGGAGCAAUGUAUUCCAACGAAUGGUUCUGCGAUCACGAACCCGACUGCAGAGACAAGUCUGAUGAAGAUUCUACCAAAUGCCCUACACACACCUGUCACCACUGGAAUUUCAAGUGUAAAAAAAAUAACGGAUCGGUUGUUUGCCUCCCCGCGGAACAAGUUUGUGACAAUACAACAGAAUGUGAUGAUCCAAAGGACACGGAUGAGGGUGGCCUGUGCAAUGCCACAAUGUGUCAGUCAAAGCCGUGCGGGAACGAUCAAGACUGUUACAACACCCCCUACGGAUACACCUGCAAGUGCCCGCCAGGUCAAAAGUUCAACGGGAGCUCGUGCAUCGUCACCAACCCGUGUCUCCAAUGGGGCACCUGCAGUCAGGCGUGCACGCUUGAUGACUCGGUCACCAAGGGUUACCAGUGCUCAUGUCACGCCGGAUACUUCCUGAAGUCAGAUGACUUCACCUGCAAGCCUUUGGAGAGUGACCCAGUCUAUGUCAUCUUCUCCAAUCGCCACGAGUUACGACGCGUCGACACGGCAACCAGUAGUGCAGUUUCGCUUAUCUCGGGUCUCCGAAACACGAUUGCGCUUGACUUCUACUACAACCGAGAUGGUUACGCUGUGCUCUUCUGGACCGACGUGAUGGAGGAUAAGAUCUAUCGUGGAACCAUGAUGGGCAAUGCGCUCUCGGACGUUCGUCCGAUUGUCUCUUCUGGCCUCGCCACGACGGAAGGAGUUGCAGUGGACUGGAUCGGUGAGAACAUUUACUGGGUGGAGAGUAGCCUAGAUCAGAUCGAGGUUGCAAAACUCGACGGGACAAAUCGCACCACGCUCAUAGCGGGCAACAUGUCAUCACCGCGCGCCAUCGCUGUGGAUCCAACAAAAGGGAGGCUGUUCUGGACUGACUGGGAGGGGAGCAACCCGCGCAUUGAGACGUGUUCCAUGGACGGUGAUCCCAGCACGCGGGAAGUUUUGUACCGGAUCAUUCCCACGUCCGGGGGCGGCUGGCCGAACGGGAUCACACUGGAUUACGAGAAUGAGAGAAUCUACUGGAUUGAUGCUAGGUCAGAGUCUAUACACACGCUGACGUAUUCAGGUCGAGACUACAGACUUGUACUGAAGAACAGCACUGACAUGCGGCACCCCUUUGCACUUGCUCUCUUUGGGACCGAAGUCUACUGGACGGACUGGAGCACAAACUCGGUUGUCAUGGCCAACAAGUACUUUGGUACCAAUGUCACGGUGGUACAGAAGACCAUCACGCAGCCGUUUGACCUUCAGGUCGUUCAUCCGAAGAGACAACCGCGGGCGCCCAACCCUUGCUCGAUAGAGAAUGGCAAUGGCGGUUGCUCGGACCUCUGUCUUAUUGGGCUCAACGGGACCGUUGGUUGCCGGUGCCCGCAUAGGAAGAAGCUGGGAGCCAAUAAUAAAACUUGUGAAGAGGACAAAAAGUUUCUGCUUUUCGUCAAAAACCAGGAAAUCCGCGGCGUUGACCUCCAGAAAGGUCACUUCAACGUCCUUCCGGUGAUCACAAUCCCUCACGUUGACAUGCCCACUGCGAUCGAUUAUGACGUCGAGCUGGACUACUUCUACUGGGCGGACAAGGGUCUCAACGUCAUAAAUCGUGCAAACUUUAGUGCCAGUGUCGAGACACUGAUAGACAAAGGUUUGAAGAACACAGAGGGUUUUGCCAUAGACUGGUUGUCAGGCAACAUGUAUUUCUCAUCGUAUGACACUGCCGCUAAAACUGCAUCCAUCUCAGUGGCCACGCUGACCGGAUCAUUCCGGACGGAGGUCAUUAAAAACGACAUCGUGACCAAACCACAUUCUAUCGCUCUGCAUCCAUUACAAGGGGUCAUGUACUUCACCGAUGUUCACGGUGAUCCAGGUCAGCACCAACUGUUCCGGACAGGAAUGGACGGGUCUGAGAAGGCCGUACUCUUCUCCAACCUGCAUAACCCUUCCAGUCUCUGUGUUGACACAACAUCAAGUCCUGAGAAGCUGUAUUUCAUCAAUGACUCUCAGAUCCUCUGGUUCAACAUCAACGAUAGUGGCUCAAAUCCAGCAGUGAACCUUGUCAAGGUGCAAACCAGCCUAUCAUCAGAUAGGCCAGAAGCCCUGACUGUUGACAGUGAACAUAUCUACGUCUCUAUCGGGGGAAGAAUCAUCUCCAUAAAUAAAAGUGGCAGCAACGAAAUUCUGGAGACGUUGCGAGAUUCAACCCCCAACGUGAAUGCUUUGAUCCUGUAUGAUACACAGACCAGGAAAAAAGACAGCCAGAAUGUGUGCCAUAGGAAGAACCAUGGUUGCUCGCAGCUCUGUCUUCCCAAGAACCUCAAGCUUAGUAGCUGUGUCUGUACUGCUGGUUUCUCAUUGGGCAAAGACAACUCCAACUGCGAAGGUAUCACUUCAUUCCUGCUGUAUGCAAAGGAGACGGAAAUUAGAGGUCAGACAUUCCUAGACACGAACCAAGACGAGGCUCUUCCCCCCAUAUCUCAGAUACAGGCACUGUCAGCGAUAGACUUUCAUGCAGCUGAUGAUAUGAUUUACUGGGUGGACACGACCACCAACUCGAUAUCGAGGAUCAAGCGCGACCUCACCAACAAGACGGUGGUCGUUAAGAAAGGGAUCCUCAGUGUCGAAGGCCUGGCCGUUGAAUGGGUUUCAGGCUUACUGUACUGGACAGACGCAGGUCACAGCACGGUUGAGGUGUCAACGUUCGACGGCUCGAACCGCCACGUGAUCGCUAGCGGAGACAUGGAGAAACCAAAGUCCAUCGUGGUUGACCCGGUAGAUGGCUACGUCUACUGGAGUGAUUGGGGGACAGUGUCUCGUAUAGAGCGUGCCAAUCUUGAUGGCUCCAACCGCGUCCAGUACAUCUACACUGACAUCGGGAAACCGUGGGGACUGACCAUCGACUAUGACACACAUUUCCUUUAUUGGUGUGACACAGCAUUAAAGACAAUUGAAUACCAAGACCUUCGCACAGGAACUCGUUCAAAACUGCUUUCGAACAUCGACCCAAUCUCAGUGACCAUAUUCAAGGACUACAUCUAUUGGAUUGAUGGCGGAUGUGACAGGAACACAACAUGUAUUAUGUGGGCCAACAAGACCGACGGGUCCGAUCCCAAGGUCAUGCGUGCAAACCUUGGCACUGGUCUCAAGGACAUAAAGGCGUUCGACAAGUCCAGGCAGCAAGGGGCCAAUCUGUGUAAGAUAAACAACGGCGGUUGUGAGCAGCUGUGUUUCUACACGAGCAGGAAGAACGUGACAUGUGCCUGCUCGUAUGGCAAACUGGCAGAGAAUGGGAAAAAUUGUACAGAGUACCAAGAGUUCAUCAUGUUCUCCAAGGUGACCGGCAUCGAGUCCGUGCACCUGACAGAUGCUGACAACAAGAACCAACCCCGUCUACCAAUCUUCGACGACACGCAACUCCGCAACGUGAUCGGUCUAACGUUCGACUAUGAGGAUAAGCGCAUCUUCUUCAGCGACAUUCAGCGGGGGGACCUUCAGACGGCCUUUUUUGAUGGGUCUGGCAAACGGACUAUUGUUGAAGGUGUGGGCUCAGUCGAAGGAAUAGCCUUUGUGAAAAUGGACGGGAAGAAGGAACUCUACUGGACGAGCUACACCAACUCCUGUAUCAGUCGCAUUGACGUGAACGCCUCAUUGGGGAACGUCUCACAGAAACCAGAAGUAGUGAUUCAGAUGACUAAGCUGGACCAUCCGAGGGCAAUAGCAGUGGACAGCUGUUGGCAGUUAAUCUACUGGACAAACUGGAACAACGAGAAACCUCGCAUCCAGAGGUCAAAUCUUCAAGGUCACAACAUGGAGGACGUGAUAGUGGAGGACAUUCUGACCCCCAACGGCCUCACGAUCGAUCACCUCGCUAAGAAGCUCUACUGGUCGGACGCGAGGCUGGACAAGAUUGAGCGAUGCAAUAUGGACGGGACAAAUAGAGAAGUGAUAAUCACCGCAAUACCUCAGCACUCGUUCGGCCUCGUCGUCUACUCAGACUACCUCUUUUGGACUGACUGGAUGCUUCGAGCUGUCAUACGAGCAAACAAAUACGACGGUUCUGGAAUUGUCUGGCUACGAAAGAACCUGGAACGCCAGCCGAUGGGGAUCAUCGCGGUGGCUGCAGAUAGCAACAAUUGCAUGCUGCAUAAAUGCUAUGCCGAUAAUUUUGGUUGCGAAGACCUGUGUCAAACAGACCUUUAUGGCAAUCCAUUCUGCCAAUGUCGAUUUGGGCGUCUGAAAAGCGAUGGAAAACACUGCGUAGCCAAUCAGAGCUGUUCCAAUGAGGGUUUCGAGGCUUUUCCGUGUCUGAAUGGGGGCUGCAUUCGCUUCGAGAAGAGCUGCAACGGAAUUAAGGACUGCCUUGAUGCCUCUGAUGAAUCCCCGUUCACAUGUGCCAAUCGAUCCUGCCCCUCUUCGAUGUUUGCGUGCGCCAACCGGGCGCAGGGCCAAUGUAUUGCGCUCACGAAGCGCUGCGACAGCGUGGUGGACUGUCACGAUGGUUCGGACGAACUCACUGCCACCUGCGGCUGCCCGCCUCUGCACUUCCAAUGCAAGAACAACGCCAACUGUAUUAGGAAGGAGCUGAAGUGCAACGGGGUUGGCGAUUGUCCGGAUAGUAGCGACGAGGUUGAUUGUGGAUCGAAGAAUUGCACCAAUGGAUAUUUCCAGUGUCAUUUGACUGAUAUCUGCAUACCUGGUCACUGGCAGUGUAAUGGAAUUAACGAUUGCAAGGACGGUAGCGACGAAAACGCAACAUUGUGUGCAAGCCACAAGCCGGAGCUGUGUCCAGAAGCGAUGUUUCGCUGCAAUGAUGGGUUAUGCAUCAACAAACAAUGGCACUGCGACGGCGAUCAAGACUGUACUGACGAUUCUGACGAGACUGGAUGUCAAUACAUGUGCCCAUCAGGACAGUACAAGUGUCCGGGGCAUGACCCAAUCUGCAUUCAGAUUGCGUGGAUCUGUGACGGGAGCAAGGACUGCCCUGGCGGAGAGGACGAGAAUUCCACUCUGCAUAGCUGCAAUGCACGCACAUGCGGUCCUGGUCAAUUCGCUUGCAAUAACGGACUGUGUAUCGAUGAGCAGUGGGUGUGUGACUUCGAGUCAGACUGCACAGAUGGGUCGGACGAGAGUCCUAGCGCAGGCUGUGAGCCAAACCAGUGUGACGAGCAUGAGUUCCAGUGUUCAAACUACCACUGCAUUGAGAAAGAGUUCUACUGUGACCAUGACGACGACUGUGGGGACCAUAGUGACGAGCCUGCGGGUUGUGUGCCUGUCCAUGUUCACUGCGGCCAUGACUUGAUCCAGUGUGCCAACGGCAGCUGCCUCUCGCUGUCAGACAUUUGCGAGCGAGGAAUGAAGUGCGACAAGUACGUCACAGACACUUCCAGCUUGCGCUGCGCAGAUUUCACAUGCCCGCUGGGAAUGUUCUCCUGCGCGAAUGGCGUCUGCAUCAACGAGACGCUGACUUGCGAUGGGAAUUACGACUGCCCGGACGAGAGCGACGAACCAGCCAGUUGCUAUAUUGAUGAGUGCAAUUUAUAUCAACCUUGCACACAACUGUGUGCCGACGCCAAGAUUGGGUACCUGUGCUCCUGUCAUCCGGGAUUCAAACUAGCCACAGAUAACAAAACAUGCGAAGACGUCAACGAAUGUGACACGGAGUUCCCAUGCUCUCAGUUCUGCAACAACACUCCAGGCUCCUAUUACUGCACCUGCGAAAAGGGCUUCGAUUUGUCGGCCAACAAACGAGACUGUGCAUUCUCUGAUCAGGGCAACCCACCGUUCCUGCUCGUGUCCAACCGUUACUUCAUCAACCGCGUGGAUCUGACCCCUGACAACACAACAGGAAUGUACGCUACGUCCGUCGUCCAGGCCAACCUGUCGCACUCAGUGGCCGUGGACUUUGACUACAAGGAGAACAUGAUUUACUGGACCGAUAUAAGGAGCCAGAGUAGCACCAUCAACCGGCGGAGACUGGAUAGAAACGAUACGGAGGUUCUUCAUAGCUCCACAGUGCUCAACCCGGACGGGAUUGCAGUGGACUGGGUGGGACGUAACCUGUACUGGUGCGAUCGCAACACGGACACCAUUGAGGUAUCAACUCUCAACGGGAAGUACCGCAAAGUGCUCGUGAAGGAUAAAUCGUUUUUACGCGAGCCUAGAGCGUUGGAGCUGUUCCCAAAAUACGGGUACCUGUUCAUUUCUGACUGGGGCGAUCAGCCGCACAUCAGUCGGUUAUCAAUGGACGGAGUUCAGCGAAAACAUAUAAUAACGGAGGACCUCGCAUGGCCGAAUGGUCUGACGAUCGAUUACGUCACCGAGAAACUUUUCUGGGCUGAUGCAAACUACGACUACAUCGGUAUUGCGGACCUAGACGGGCAAAAUCGCCACAGAAUUCUGGAGGACAAUGUUCCUCAUCCGUUUGCCAUAACAGCUUUCGUUGAUAAGAUUUAUUGGACGGACUGGGAGAGCAAUGGCGUCCAUUCGGCACGGAAAUUCUCCGGGGACAAGCAUGUCCAGAUAGCCCACAUGAGCCACCGCCCGAUGGCUUUGGUCGUGUUCCACAAGCUGCGACAACCAGAGAUGGAUCCUAACCCCUGCGUCGCCCGCAACUGUUCAUACCUCUGUCUGCUGACGGUGUCAGACAGGCCGGGCGGAUUGGCGCAGGCUACCUGUCAGUGUCCCGAGAACCACGUCCCUGUUGGGAAGAACAGCUGCAAACCCAACUGUGACGAGAGCCAGUUCCUGUGCAAGCAGAGCUCCAAGUGUAUCCCCCACUGGUGGCAGUGCGACAAAAAUCAGGACUGCGAAGACGGCUCGGAUGAGAACAUGGAAAAUGGGUCAGAGUGCGCGUCAUACCCUUGCUCUCAACCGGGUCUAUUUAAGUGUAGCAGCGCCAAGAAUGCGAGUGGUUGUGUCCCACCGAGCUUUAUUUGCGAUGGUAAUCGGGAUUGCGAUGAUGGGUCUGACGAAACAAAGUACAACUGCACCACGUUCCCUUGUAUGACGGGCCAGUACAAGUGUACGGCAGACAACAUGUGUAUCAGCAGCUUCAAGGUGUGUGACGGCAAGCAUGAUUGUACGGACGGAGCAGAUGAACUGAACUGCACAAAAGAGGAUUGCCUGUCGACCCAGUUCCGAUGCAACUCGACCGGUAACUGUAUUCCCUAUCUGUGGCAAUGCGACGGCGACUACGACUGUGCAGCUCUGGAGGAUGAGAAGGACUGCGACAAGCGAGCGUGCAAGGAAAGCUACAAGAAGUGUAACAAGACCAACAAGUGCAUACCCGAGGCCUGGUUCUGUGAUGGAGAAAAUGACUGUGGGGAAGGAGAUACUUCUGAUGAAGGAGAACUUUGCCAUGAAAAGACAUGUGGUACGGACUACCUUCGCUGCAAUAACGGACACUGUAUUCCAAGGCGCUGGCAGUGUGACGGUGACCAGGACUGUAGCGACGGCUCGGAUGAAAACAAUUGCCCUGUCAAGAACUGUACAGAAGGGGAAUUCUCAUGCAAGGAUCGGAACCGAUGCAUUCCAAUCUUCGCCGUGUGUGAUGGAAAAUCCGACUGUGCGGACUACUCCGAUGAAAAAGAUUGCCCCAAUAAGGCGAACUGCAGUCAAGAUCAGUUCCUGUGCAAGAACACAGGCAUGUGUAUCCCGCACUCGUGGCAGUGCGACGGGGAAAAGGAUUGUGCGGACGGGGAUGACGAGAAAUCUUGCGAAAAACAGGGUAUAUGUCGAGCCUGGGAGCACCACUGUGACAACAUGUGUAUAUCAGCCUUGUGGGUGUGCGAUGGAGAGAAGGACUGCAGCGAGGGCGAAGAUGAGACGCAUUGUGAUGCGUACACCUGCCCUCCAGACUGGUUCAAGUGCUCGGACGGUGUCUGCAUACCACGCUAUAAAGUCUGCGAUGGCACGAGAGACUGCAAGGCUCCAACGGGGCUGUCCAAUAAGAAUAUGACAAAGUGGAAUGACGAGGCAGACCACUUGUGCAAGGCAACAUGUGCCAUUCACGAGGUCAAGUGCAAGAACAGAGAGAAGUGCAUAGAUAUCAGUCAGUUGUGUGACCAAGUGAACGACUGCUCGGGCUCCUUAGAUUCAUCAGAUGAAAUUAACUGCCUGCCAUGGAACGUGACUAAGUGCCCAUCUAACCACACGUGUCAGCACAGCUGUAGCAUGAACACCACACUUGGAAGGAUGUACUGCACAUGCAAACCGGGCUUCGAGCUUGGGGCGGACGGAAAGAGCUGUAAAGUGAUGAAUCCAUGCAACAAGUUCGGCGCCUGUGAUCAGUUGUGCAUCCCUGAGAAGGAGAAGCCUUUCUGCAUCUGCGCAACAAAUUACAAAGAGGAGACAUUGGUGUAUAAUGAUACCUUAAGAUACAGAUUUUGUUCUGCCAUAGGAAAUGAUCCCAAGCUGCUGAUACCUGAUGAAAACAACCUCUAUAUACAAAGUCACAACCUGACUCAAUCUCGGUACAUCUUAAACGGGGCCAGCGACAAAGACAGCACGCUGGGUAAAGUUAUCUCCCUUGAUGUGGACACGACGUCAGCUGAAGAGGUGUCCGUGUUCAUCCUGCACAGGGUCAACGAGCGUAACAUGAUCGUGAAGGCUGUUCAUAAACAGAACACCAAGGGGAACAGUAACAGUCCGAAUAAACGAGAAGCCGAUCCAGGGAUGAAGUUGACUCCCUUGGCUAAUGACCUGACUGAUCCUCGCAGCAUAGCAGUGGACUGGAUUGGCAACAACCUGUACUGGACAGACAUACAGGCGACCAAGAUUCACAUGCUCCACUACAAGGAUGUUAACGUGGCUGCCAGAAAGGUCACGGUCAUUAACGAGGGUCUUCUGAGGCCUUUUGCUAUAGCCGUGGAUCCAAUUGUCGGGAAAAUUUUCUAUACUGAUUAUGGAAACCCGCCAAAAGUCGGCUCAGCGAACCUUGACGGUUCCAGCGUGACUGCCAUUUUACAUGACCAGCUGAUCUAUCCAACGGGAAUCGCCGCGGACUAUGUCAAUCAGCGAGUGUACUUUGCAGACGCCAAGAAGCAUACCAUCGAGGCUGUAAAAUAUGAUGGAACCGAUAGAAAUGUGGUCCAAAAACUGAGUGCUGAUGAUGUGCCCUAUCAGCUUGACAUCUUUGAAGACUUCGUGUACGUAAUGAUGUUCAACAGUUCUCGGCCAAUCAUCAAGUUCAGCAAGUUUGCGACCCGGUUUCCUGGGAAACAAAACAUCGUAGAGGUCACGCAGGGUUUGCAACACGUCGGCGAUAUCGUCAUUCUGCAGGAGAAUAAGCAGAUAAUUCCGGACGACGCAUCCCUAAAAAUUCUGCUGAAGACGAACGCAAAAGUAGAGCUUAACGCCUGUCAGUCGUCACCAUGUGGCAAUCGCAGCCUGUGCGUCAAUGCGCCCUCUAUGAAGCCCUACUAUGCCUGUUUGUGCGGUGACGGGGCCACAUACAACAACCAAUCGAAGACGUGCGACUACAUGAAGUGUCCAGAAAACUACUGCGGUCGUCACGGAAACUGCUCUGUCUCCGAUAACAACGAGUACAAGUGCUCGUGUGAACUUGGAUUCGAGGGAAGACGAUGCGAACUUGACCUCUGCUACAAAUACUGCGCCGCCAAUGGAAGCUGUUCCUUCAUGAAAGCCAAGACGGGGUUGAUCACCAGAUUUUGCGAUUGUCCUCCCAUGUUUUAUGGAGACCGCUGUCAGUUCAGCAACUGUACGCUGUGUAAGAAUGGGGGACAUUGCUCCCUGGAUGCGAACAACAAAACAGUCUGCGUGUGCCCCGAGGGAUUCAAAGGGCUGGACUGUAGCCAGAUGGUGAAGUCCUGGUGUGAUGGUUACUGUGAGAACGGUGGCACCUGUAGUGUCAAUCCCAGCAGACGGAGAGUCUGUGCCUGCUCGCCAGAUUACCGAGGUGAGCGCUGCGAGCAGUGCAGCAGUCAAGUAUCAUUCAACGUUUGCUUGAACAACGGUACCUGUCACAUGAACGGCGAACGGCAAGCAUCUUGCACAUGUCAACCGGGAUACGACAACCGCACUUACUGCGAAAAGAAGACGUGCGUAGGCUAUUGCAAGUUUGACUCGGAGUGUUCCCUGGUUAACAAUCAGUUGCGAUGUCGCUGCCGGGAUGGUUUUACUGGGGAGCGCUGCGAUCAGAUAGUGGAUUGUAACCUUGGGCCGUGUAAAAACAGAGGAACGUGUCAUCCGUCAAACAAUGUGGAUGGACCACCCAAGUGUGAAUGUCCGCCGGGCUUCAGGGGACAGUUGUGUGAGAUAGCCACCUGCCAAUUGAAGUGUCUAAAUGGCGGAACAUGCACUUUCGGUGAAAACAGCAAGCCAUAUUGCACCUGUAGCAAAGAAUUCAUAGGAGCUACUUGUGAAUUGUGUGCCAAUCCAUUGCUUGAGGAGCCCAGAUGCAACCAGUCUAGGUGCCACGACUACUGUUUUCAAGGCGGCCAGUGUAUUGGGUGCCAACUUGUACCGGGACUGGAUGGGGUUGCACAGUGUAGAAAGUGCGAGUGUCCUAAGCCAUUCUGUGGCCCCCGCUGUCAGACCCGACACUGCGAGUCUGAGAACUCUACUGUCAGUCAGGCCAAGCUCUCCAUAGCAACCAUCAUGGUACCAGUGCUGUCAGGACUCGUUGUUGUGGUAGCCAUAGUGCUGUUUGUUCUGAUAAGGAGCAGGAGAAGUCAGUUCCGGCACCGCUUGCUGAAGGACAAAGUUCAGGUGUCCAACCCGAUCUACAUGCCGCAGACCACCGAGGAUGAUGGGAUGGAAGAUGAUGCACACCAGCCCCUAGACCAGCCCUUUGACUUUGACCCUGAAAAAUCCACAAAUUUUGCAAACCCAGUAUACGAGCAGUUCUACGACAACGGCAGUCGGCAAACGUUAUUACCAAAGGGAGGCGAUUCUGAUGAUGAGGAGGAUAAACAGAACGGACACAUACAAAAAUAGCUUAUGAGCAAAAACAGAAUGGACAAAUACAAAAAAUAGCUUACAAGCUAAAACAGAACGUACACAUACAAAAAUAGCUCAACACUCGUUUAUAGAUAAUAUAUGUGUGCAUUCAAAGAUAUUUUGUAUGUGCUCAUAGAUAAUAUACAUUGUCCUGGGAAGUGUGUUCUUAGAUCUGUUAUGUGCUGUUUUUUUGUCAACGAAAUUUUGACGUUAUUGUUCGGUUGAGAUGCGAGUGGAAACUGAACUGCUGCUGGUAUGCUGAAAAAAUUGUACGGUUUUUGGUUUUGAUUUUGUUUAGAAACGAGUUAAAAACUGUACCAUUGCUGAUUCAUUAAAAAUAUUGAUAGACUAAUGACAUUAUCAUAUGAUUUAGAUGUGCGUUGAAAACCAUACUGCUGCUGAUUGAUAGAAAUUGAAUGGCUGAAAUCUGAUUGUAAUGCCAUUAAAGUUGAUUGUUUGAAAGCCCAUCAACACUCAAAAUCAACGAAUAUUUUGAACAAUAAUUUAAAAACUUAAGUAAGCACAUAAAUAUCAAUGUUCCAUAUAGUAAUAGCCAAAAUUUCAAUGCUAGAUGUGGUCUUCUAACAUAGAUUUAACGCGAUGCAAAAUGCUUGUUUUCAUUUUUUGUGUCACAAUCAAUUCUAUGUGGAUUUCCGACUAGGAUAUCCAAAAAUUUACAUUUUUUGACACAAAUCAAUAAAAAUAAGCAUUUUGUAUUGCGUUAAAGUCUAUAUUACCAUACCUUAUCUAGCAUUGAAAUGUUGGCUAUUGCUUUAAGAAACACUUAUUUUUUAUUGAUUAACUUUUUUUUUACAAAAUAUUUUGCAGAAUACAUGUAUUCAUUAAUUUUGAGUAUUUUUGUGACUAAACACUUGAUUAUUUAAAACAUUUGUUUAUAAAUUAAUAAGUGACAAGGUUACAGUGAAAUGUGGAGGGUUGUGAUUUAACUGAAUGGCCACAUCAACCUGUGACAGGACUGGUGCGGAGGCCUAGUUCAAUGACCCCAUUUUUGUGGAAUAUUCAUAUAUGUGUUUGAAGAAUAUCUAUUAUGUGCUGUUAGCAUAGACAGCUUUUACAUCUCUUUGGGAAAUACGCGUGAAGCCAUCCAGUUUUGAUGUAAAAGGAUUAAAGAUUGAACAUGUCCAAACAAGUGUUGUCAGAUAUUUUGUUCUAGGGCCAAAAUAAGUGGUGAUAUGUUUAAAUAACCAAGACUAAUUCUAAAAUAUUAUAUGAUAUAUAUAUCAUGAGUUACAAAGCUGCUGAAUAAUAUUAAAAAGGCACAACACAUAUUGAGGCCUUUUUUUCACUUCUCAGAGAAUGGCAGUUUUUUUACAAUUUUGAGAAAGUUCGUGACUCAAAUUAUCCCUAUUUUGAGAAGUUCCCAACUCAAAAUUUUACAUUUUUAACAAGUUGGCUACUAAUAAUAUUACUCAAAAUAUUCAGUAAAAAGAAGUUCUUGAUAAAAAGUAGUGCUCAAAAUAUUUGGUAAAAAGUAUUCCUCAAAAUAUUUGAUAAAAAGUAGUCCACAAAAUAUUUGAUAAAAAGAAGUCCUCAAAAUAUUUGAUAAAAAGUAGUCCUCAAAAUAUAUGAUAAAGAAAAGUAUUUCAUAAAAUAUUUGAUAAAAAGUAGUCCUCAAAAUAUUUGAUAAAGAAAAGUAUUUCAUAAAAUAUUUGGUAGAAUGAGAAUUUAGUAAAUAGAAUGAUUAUGUUGACUUAAAAAAACUACAUAGCAUACCCCUUUUUUUAAAUAGUAAUUAACAAAAAAGCCUUAGCUAUUUACUGCACGCAGACAUUUAAUGAAUUAAAGUGUGAAGUGAUUAACAAAUCAGGGUCCCGGCUAAUUGUUGUUUUUGCUGUUGUUAAUGAUGUUGUUAAAGAUGGAAAAAUAUUAAAUGUAUUUUAAUGUAUUGAAUUAAAUGCUGAUCAUGUUUACCUUACAAUAUGCUAAGUUUUUGAUAGUUUAGACAAGCUUUGCCUGCCCAUUUUCUCACUUAUUGCAAAACGUUUCUUUGUGUAUACAAAUUGCAAUUGAUCAUUCUGAGUUAAAAUACAUUUUGAGGUACAUUCAAUCAUUGAAACUUGACUGGAAUUGUUGCUUUCCUAAGCCUUUCAUCUAUUUUAAAUUAUCAGCAUACUUAUAGAUACAAACAUAAAAACUUCAUUGUAAGCUCAUGGUGAGCUUUUGUGAUCGCUUUUUGUCCGUCAUGCGUCAUCAACAUUGCCUUGUUAACACUCCAAAGGCCACAUUUAUUUCCGAUCUUCAUGAAACUUUGUCAGAAGAUUUAUCCCAAUUAUAUCUUUGACGAGUUCAAAAAUGUUUCCAUUUGGUUGAAAAACACGGCAGGCAGGGGCAGGGGCAGGGCAUUUUCCUUACAUGGCUAUAGUAAAACCUUGCUAGUGAACACUGCUUAAUUCGUUAUUUGGUCAAAUUUGUACUGUAUAUAAUAAUUCUGAUUGUUACAUCUUUGCUGCUAAGUGGCUUGAUAAUUUUUUUCAGAAUCGACAAGGUGUUGUUUUUUGUGGUUUUUCUAUACUGCUGAAAUGUGUGUAGAAGUUUAAAAUGUAAAAUAUAUAUUUAAAUAAUUCACUCAUGAGAACACUAGUUUAAAUGUAAUAAUUUAUUAUAUUUCCAUUCAUAUGAAUACUAUAAGACGUCAUAUGUUGCCAGGAACAAUGUUGCCAGGAACAAUAUGUUAUAAUAUGUUAUAACUAUAAGAAAAUAUGGAAUUCUAUAUAAAUUCUGAAUAUAUGUUUUGGAUCAAAUCCAUGUUUAAAAGGAAUAAAAGGAAUAGAAAAUUGCUAGUUAUAUGUUGAUAUUUGUAUGUUUAUGUAAUAGUUUUACCAAUAAUUGUUAAUUGACAGAUUUUUAUUAGCAGCUUACUCUAUUUCAGAUUUCAACAAUUCAUAAAAAAAAAUCUACAUUGAUUUUUUAAAGAAAUUUAUGUGUGAUUUACAUGAAAUAAAUAAAUGGUAACCCCCAAGUCUCAGUAUAAAAAUAUCACUUGGCAAAAACUAAAAAAUAUGAAAUAUCGUUAAUUUGGAACUCCAGUUGCAAGAAUUUCAGAUUUGUGUUAUUACAAAAUGAAGAAUAUCAGUAUAUUUGAUUAUAUUUUAGCCUGAGCCACCUUAGGGCAUUUCUCAGAUACAUGUAUUUGCAAUAAACGAAGAUAUUUAUGGAAAUAUACGCAGAUGUAUUAACUUGUAUUUGAUGGAUAUGUUUUAUUUUUUAUUUUCUAGAAAUAAUAUCAAUUGUUAUACAAAAUGCUUCUUCAGUGAAGAUAUUAAGAUCAAAUUACAAUAAAUCAAUAAUGAAAGUUAAAUGCAUAUACAAGUGGUAAAGGGUUAAGUAAAGAUAUGAAGAAAAAUUUACAAUCAAUCAAUAAAUAAUAUAAGCAAAUAGGUCCUUCAGAAUCUCAUUAAUGAAAUAGAAAAUUGUUUGCGCUUGCAAAGGAGAGUGCAUAAACACAUGCUUUGCUAUACAGUCUAUUUUAGAUGAUUACUUACAUAAAACAGUAUUUAUAAUAUAAAAUAGUAUUUAUAGUAAAUUUUGUACUUUUAUUUCUUUUCUUUAAUUACCUUCUUUUUUUUUGAAGUCUAUGACAAAAUUUUGAGAAAGUUGUCUAUUAGUGAACGUGUCCCUUUAAAAUUGAUGUCUCUCAAAAUGGGGCUUAAUGCUUGUUCUAAAAAUGUUGUCCCACAUUAGCUUGUGCAACCCGCACAGUCUGCUUGUCCGCCUAGCGACUGGAUGGUAAUGAGUUCGAUCCCCACUGUGGGAGCGGGUCUUUAGAUCACCCCCUAAGACACCAAGUACUGGUUCUAGGCCCGGGAAACGGACUCGAGAGCGUUUCAAUAAGCCCGAGGCUUUCAAUGCAAUUGAGCUAAAAUAAAAAAGGUUUAAACUAAUCCGCACAGCUAGGCUAAUCUGGGACAACACUUUCCGCCUAGACUGGGUUUUCAUAUAGGAAAUACUUCCUUUCAAUAAAAUAUUCCUUAUAAGUGGACUACACUGGCUAUUCUGGGACAACACUUUAUGCAGAAACUUGAAGCCCCAUUUCCCAGAGCGUUGCUAGGUGUUUUAAAUCUGGAUUUUGUAUCUUAUAAUAUUGACCAGCAUUCAUGUAAGCUUGCUUCCAUAAAUACUAAGGUGCUUCAUUACUAAUUUGUAAAUACUUUGUGAAAACAUUGUACAGGUAUGCCAAAGUUUCUCAUUUUAUGUGUUGCCAGUUUUAGGUGUUAUAAAAUGCUGUAAUUUUAGUACCUAUUUUGACCUGUUAAUUAAAUACUGGAAAUAUCAUAAGUAAAUAUUGACCAGUAUCUUAUAUAACAUAAUAUUAGGAAUUUACCAAUGCUCUAAUUGUUAAGAAAAUUUAAGGCAAAUCUCAUCAAAAUUUAAAAUCAUAUUGUGUGAUUUUUUAAUAAGUAAAUAUUUGUUUUUGUUGAGGAAAUGUUGAUUAUGGUUCUAUGUAUAAGCCAUUUCAACGGAAUACCAUUCUCACGAGAAAGCAUGUUUAGUUUUGUGUACUUUUUAAUUGUGUUGUAAUAUUGUGCGAGUUUUAAAUCUUUUAUGUAUUUUUGUGAUGUUUCAUUAUGAAUAAAACAUAAUUUUCUCAUGUUCAAACAAUUAUGAAAAUGUUAA